GCCGGGCGCCCCUGCCCGCCGCGGUGCCGGCUGCCUGAGGCUGUCCCAGGCGUGGGAGCCGGCGCCGGUCCGAGUGCGGCGCGGGCCGGGAGGCGACGUGAGGCGCGAUGUCGGUGCCGCUGCUUAAGAUCGGGGUUGUGCUGAGCACCAUGGCCAUGAUCACCAAUUGGAUGUCCCAGACGCUGCCCUCGCUGGUGGGCCUCAACACCACCAGGCUCUCGGCGGCCAGCGGCGGGACGCUGGACCGCAGCACCGGCGUUUUGCCCACCAACCCCGAGGAGAGCUGGCAGGUGUACAGCUCUGCCCAGGACAGUGAGGGCAGGUGUAUCUGCACAGUGGUAGCUCCCCAGCAGACCAUGUGUUCACGGGACGCUCGCACGAAACAGCUCAGGCAGCUGCUGGAGAAGGUACAAAACAUGUCUCAAUCCAUAGAGGUACUGGACAGGCGGACCCAGCGAGAUCUACAGUACGUGGAAAAGAUGGAGAAUCAGAUGAAAGGGCUGGAGUCCAAGUUUAAGCAGGUGGAGGAGAGUCAUAAGCAACACCUGGCCAGGCAGUUCAAGGCGAUAAAAGCGAAAAUGGAUGAACUUAGGCCUUUGAUACCCGUGUUGGAAGAGUACAAGGCCGAUGCCAAAUUGGUAUUGCAGUUUAAAGAGGAGGUCCAGAACCUGACGUCCGUGCUAAACGAGCUGCAAGAAGAAAUUGGCGCCUUUGACUACGAUGAGCUGCAGAGCAGAGUAUCCAAUCUUGAAGAAAGGCUUCGUGCAUGCAUGCAAAAACUAGCCUGCGGCAAACUGACAGGCAUCAGUGACCCCGUGACCGUCAAGACGUCCGGCUCUCGGUUCGGAUCUUGGAUGACCGACCCUCUGGCCCCCGAAGGAGACAACAGGGUUUGGUACAUGGAUGGUUACCACAACAACCGCUUCGUCCGAGAGUACCGAUCGAUGAUCGACUUCAUGAACACAGACAACUUCACCUCGCACCGCCUCCCCCACCCCUGGUCGGGCACGGGGCAGGUGGUCUACAACGGCUCCAUCUACUUCAACAAGUUCCAGAGCCAUAUCAUCAUCCGGUUCGACUUGAAGACAGAGACCAUUCUCAAGACGCGCAGCCUGGACUACGCCGGGUACAACAACAUGUAUCACUACGCCUGGGGUGGCCACUCGGACAUCGACCUCAUGGUAGAUGAGAACGGACUGUGGGCGGUCUACGCCACCAACCAGAACGCCGGCAACAUCGUCAUCAGCAAGCUGGACCCCAUCUCCCUACAGAUUCUGCAGACGUGGAAUACAAGCUACCCCAAGCGCAGUGCAGGCGAGGCUUUCAUUAUCUGUGGGACCCUUUACGUCACCAAUGGCUACUCGGGGGGCACCAAGGUGCACUACGCCUACCAAACCAACGCCUCCACCUAUGAGUACAUCGACAUCCCCUUCCAGAACAAAUAUUCCCACAUCUCCAUGUUGGACUACAACCCCAAGGACCGCGCCCUCUACGCGUGGAACAAUGGCCACCAGGUCCUCUACAACGUGACCCUAUUCCACGUAAUCCGAUCGGAUGAGUUGUAGUCACUCCACCCGGAGACCAAGGGUCCAAGUCCUCAUCCACAAGGAAAUCCCUGUGACCCAGCUGCCAAAAUACUAACAUGAAUCCUAAUUUUGCAAAUCAUCAGCAAUGUGGACCCUGACGUUUGCGUGUCGGUGUUACCUCUGCGUUUCUCCGAUCCAGGCCGGAGGCAGACUUGGGAA